GUUGCUGCCAUUGUGGCUUACGUCAAUGGUAGAGAUCGUCCGUUCGCUUACGUUAGCUCGUUUGGGAGGAGGUACUGCACAAGUUUGACCGCCAUUGUUUCGCCACUUUCUAAUAUAAUUUUAGUGUACUGAGAUUAAUUGUACCCAAAAGAAAGUAAGCCGAUACUGCUUACGUUGAGAAGUGAAACGAAGAGAAAACCGUCAAGAUCACUUGGUAACGAGAGUCCAAGAUCGACAGCCGUGAAGGGAACGUACGGAGAGGGAAGACGAGGAAGAACGCCUCCGCCAACGUAGCAUGUCCACAAUGAAUCCUGAGUACGAUUACCUUUUUAAACUCCUCUUGAUUGGAGAUUCUGGUGUUGGAAAGUCAUGUUUGUUACUUCGUUUUGCGGAUGACACAUACACAGAGAGUUAUAUUAGCACUAUCGGUGUUGACUUUAAAAUAAGAACCAUCGAUCUUGAUGGAAAAACGAUAAAGUUACAAAUAUGGGAUACUGCUGGACAGGAAAGAUUCAGAACUAUUACAAGUUCAUAUUAUAGAGGUGCUCAUGGCAUAAUUGUAGUCUACGACUGUACAGAUCAAGAUUCAUUCAACAAUGUUAAAGCAUGGUUAGAAGAAAUUGAUCGCUAUGCCUCCGACAAUGUUAACAAAUUAUUGGUUGGCAACAAGUGUGAUCUUACCGCCAAGAAAGUUGUUGAUUAUGCGAUUGCAAAGGAAUAUGCAGAUCAAUUGAAUAUUCCAUUCUUGGAAACGUCGGCAAAAAAUGCCAUGAAUGUUGAGCAAGCAUUCAUGACAAUGGCAGCAGAAAUUAAAGCAAGAGUUGGGCCUCCAUCUGGUACAGAAGCUGAUCCUGCUCAUAAAGUCAAGAUCAAUCAAGGCCGUGAUGUUGAUGCUCCAAAAUCUGGAUGCUGCUGAAACUCAAAAUAUUUUCACUCUCAAUUAACUAACCAAAAUAACAUCGUAAAGCAUCAACAGAACCCUGGCAAAUGGUUGAAUAAAUCAAUCUACGGGGAGAGCAUGACGAUGUUGGUCGAUGUCUUUGGUUGACAGAUUGAUAUGCCGAGGAAACUCAAGAAAUGGUUACAAGAAAAAAAGAGAGCGUGUGUGUGUUUGAUAGAACGAAAUCACGAAAGAAUGCCUUCAUCAUCUUCCCCAAGGACCACCAAUUUCAUUGUCGGGUUGUACAAAUUACAGAAAUCUUUUUAAAAUUAUUACUUUGCUCUUUAAGGAUAAAUAUAAAUUUAAAACAAAAAAAACUUGAACUAAACUCGUGGAUAAACUAAAACUAUUGAAUUAUUAUUAUUAUUAAUAUAAUUAUCAUCACACUAAGGUAGCAGUGGAAUCAAGUAAUUGUCUAUUCUUGAUUACAUUAACCCCGAGAAUUAUCGAUCGUGUUAUAUAAAAGGUGCGAUUGAGUGAUUAAAAAAAUUUGAUAAGUAAAUAAACCAAACUUAAUAUUUCGUGUAUGAUUGUGAAUAAGUUGUAGUGGAAAAAAAUUGCAAGCACCUUUUUUUUAGCCUAAUUAUAAUGUGUAUAGAUAGAUUUUUUCAAAACGCAGUGGCAAUUUACAUCCUUCGUUUGUUUUUUUUUCAAUCUUAUGGUUAAUAAUAAUUAACUUACAUAUAUUUAAUCUCAUCCAUGUCCUUAUUAUUUUUAUUUCUACAAACGAACGGAUGUGAAAUGUGCGUUGUGCGUGUCGUGUGAAAAACAACAAAACGGCAAUCUGCUUUUUAAACAUUAUAUAUAUAUAUGAUUUAAAGACGCACGUAAUUAUAGAGAGUAAAUAUUUGUUUAAAAAACAAAAUUAACAUUUUGCAAGGUCUCUACAAUAAUAAAUGAAUUUGUUCUGAAUGAGAUCAUAAUACCCCUGAGAGUAAAGAAAAAAUUGAUUUUUCUCCUGGACUUUGUUUAAUCCUAGACUUGUUCAUCAAUGACGCUAAAAUAAUGGAUUUUUUUGUAAACAUAAUAGAUUUACAGCCUUAUAGCUUAUAUUAUUGCUAUUUUAUAUUUUAAAGUUAAUUAAACAAAUAAAUUAGCAAUUUGUUUAUGAUUAUUUAUAGUUAUAACAUCUUAUAAUGCCUUGAAGAUCACAAGGGAAGUAUAUGCUAAACUUUAUUUGCUUUUAUCGAUAAAGUUGAAGGGAUUUAUAUAUAUGAGCAUUUUUUAUUUUUCCAUUGUGCACGUCUUUCAAUUGUGUUGUACGAGUUAUGGAUAAUAUAUUAUGCAUUAUAGGGUCAUUCACGAAUUAUUAUAUUACAUGUAUGAUAAUUGUAGUUAGUAUACAUAGCCAAUAAAAAAAAAGAAAAAUUACGAA